UAUCACACGCACUUAUCAUACGCGUGUAACUCUGUCUCCUCAGUAAUUAGAUAUACAAAAGGCCUUUACUCUUUUAACCCUUUACUUGCACCUUACGGUCCUUUCUACAUUAUUCUUCCUUCCCCAUUGGGCUCCCCGUCGUCCUCUCCCUCUCGUCGGUCGGCGAUCAUACUUCCCGGUGACGGAAAAACAGAUAUGAAGAUUUUUGUGAAAACUCUCAAAGGCUCUCACUUUGAAAUCGAAGUCAAACCUGAAGAUACGGUUGCCGAUGUGAAGAAGAACAUAGAAACAGUUCAGGGUUCAGAUGUUUAUCCUGCUGCCCAGCAGAUGCUUAUCCACCAGGGGAAGGUACUUAAAGAUGGGACAACACUCGAAGAAAAUAAAGUUGCUGAAAGCAACUUUAUAGUAAUCAUGCUAACAAAGAGUAAGAGCUCAUCUGGAGGAGGUUCAGGAACGUCAACUGCAGCAACAGCUAAGACACCACAGUCAAGUGCGGCAGCACCUAGUUCAACUCCUGCAUCUACAGCUGCUCAAGUCCCAGUUGCAUCGCCUGCAGCAGCUCCCUCCCCAGCGCCAGCCUCUGCCCCUGCCCCUGCCCCUGCCCCUGCCCCAGCCCCAGCCCCUUCUCCUGCUCCUGCUCCUGCAUCAACUGUUGUGCCGGGAUCUGAUGUCUAUGGCCAAGCUGCUUCAAGCUUGGUUGCUGGUAACAACCUUGAUGGAGCAAUUCAGCAGAUUCUUGACAUGGGUGGUGGAACGUGGGAUAGGGAGACAGUUGUUCGAGCCUUACGGGCAGCUUUUAACAAUCCCGAGAGGGCUGUUGAAUACUUGUACUCUGGUAUUCCUGAGGCGGCAGAGGUCCCUCCUGUUGGCGGAAGUCCACCCAGCGUGCAGGCAGGUAAUCAACCGGCUCAGCCUCAACCUGCAGCACAACCAGCACCUGUUCCUGCAGGCGGACCCAAUGCAGAUCCCUUGAAUCUCUUUCCUCAGGGGCUUCCCAGUGUGGGAUCUAAUACUGCUGGUGCGAACACCUUAGACUUUCUAAGGAACAGUCAGCAGUUCCAAGCUUUACGGGCAAUGGUUCAGGCCAAUCCACAAAUUUUGCAGCCCAUGCUUCAGGAGCUAGGCAAGCAGAAUCCCCACCUAAUGAGGCUUAUACAGGAGCACCAGGCUGAUUUUCUUCGCCUUAUCAAUGAGCCUGUUGAAGGAGGAGAAGGCAACAACGUAUUGGGCCAGCUUGCAGCAGCAAUGCCACAGGCGAUAUCUGUAACACCCGAAGAGCGUGAAGCCAUAGAGCGUCUCGAACAAAUGGGCUUUGAUCAUGACCUUGUACUGGAGGUUUUCUUUGCCUGCAACAAAAAUGAGGAGCUCGCUGCUAACUACCUCUUAGAUCACAUGCACGAGUUUGAAGAGUGAAAUGGGGGUUGGGAUGGCUCUUUUGUGUAGCUUCCCUUGCCACCCUCUCUUUGCCCCACCACAAACAUCAGUUCCAUAUAUGGUGUGGGUUCUAUAAGCUAUUUGAGUGCUGGAGAGGGGUGAACUGGAAAAACGUAACUAGUUAUCCUUUUUUUUUCUCUUCUCCCAGCAUCGGCUUGGACCCCAUUAGGAUUGUCUUUAUACAUAGUUUGUCAAUUCCUCCCCCCUCUACCCCCAACCCCCCAAAAAAGAAAAUUCUUCCCUUCGUUGAAACUCGAAUGUUUCACCCAGAUAUAACCUUUUCAAUGUGGACAGUCCAAAUCUAUUGGUAUUUGCAUGCAUUUCCAUUUUCAAUUCUGGUUUUUGUUGCUUGAUGAUCACCAUCUCCUGUGUGUGUGUGUUUCGAUCUCUUCCGAAAUUAA